CUAACAAAUUGCGUAAAAGCAAUUGCAACCAAUCGUUAAAUUGUGACACUCGUUUGGAUUCAAUCUCUAUGAUUUUUUUUAACUACUCGCAUGGUGAGAAUGGGUGCACCCGUGCGUAUGUGAUCCCAAUCCCACCAGAAAGGCAGAAUCCAAAUCUCUCAGAUUCGUACUUGUGCUGUGCCAUUAGGCCACUGCCGUUACCAUACACACAUACAGAGUGGUCCAUUUCAUAAAACUUAUUAAAUCUCAGAAUAGCCAAUUCCAAUUCCCCUUCUAUUUCGUAACUCGUUACCUAACCGCACUCUGAUCAAAACCCAGAAGAAGAUGGAAACUUGCAAGCCCCUCAAAUCCAAUACUUGUUCAAAAAAGCAUCGCCCAAUGAACCUAUUCAGACUAAUAAGGGGUUUGAUAUGCUUAGUGGUGUUUAUUUCCACUGCUUUCAUAUUUCUUGUCUACUUUGCUCCUCCAUUCGCUGUAAUCUUGAGGCUUUCGAGCAUUCGAUGGAGCCGAAAAGUAACAUCAUUUGUGUUCAGUCUUUGGCUAGCUUUGUGGCCUUUUCUGUUUGAAAAGGUAAACAGAACAAGGGUUGUCUUCUAUGGAGAUACUGUUCCAUCCAAGGAACGUGUUAUGGUCAUUGCUAACCAUAGGACUGAGGUUGAUUGGAUGUACCUAUGGGAUCUAGCAUUGAGAAAAGGGUGCCUAGGCCAUAUCAAAUAUAUCCUCAAGAACAGCUUGAUGAAAUUGCCUGUGUUUGGUUGGGGAUUUCAUGUUUUGGAGUUUGUUCCUCUGGAGAGAAGGUGGGAGUCGGAUGAACCUGUUUUGCGCCAAAUGCUUUCCACUUUUACUGAUGCUCAAGAUCCAUUAUGGCUAGCUAUUUUCCCAGAAGGAACUGAUUUUACUGAGCAAAAAAGCAAAAAAAGUCAGAAAUUUGCUGCAGAAGUUGGACUUCCUGUGCUGUACAAUGUUCUACUUCCCAAAACCAAAGGUUUUUGCGCUUGCUUAGAGGUCUUGAGGGGUUCCUUGGAUGCAGUUUAUGAUUUGACUAUUGCCUACAAGAAUAAUUGCCCUUCUUUCUUAGACAAUGUGUUUGGGGUGGAUCCUUCUGAAGUUCACAUCCAUGUUAGGCGUAUCCCAGUUAAAGAUAUCGCACCAUCUGAGGGCGAUUCCACUGGUUGGUUAAUUAAUUCAUUCCAGCUAAAGGACAAGUUACUCUCAAGUUUCAAGAUUCAGGGCCAUUUCCCUGACCCAGUUGCGCAACAUGAACUUUCUUCUUUCAAGUGCUUGGCAAAUUUCAUGCUUGUAAUGUUUUUGACUGCCGUAUUUGGUUUCCUUACCUUUUCAUUUGUUUGGUGUAAAAUUUACAUUGUUUUAUCGUGUGCAUACCUUGCUUCAGCUACUAAUCUGAACAUUCGGCCUAAGCCAUUUCUAGGCUCUAUUAGAGCUUUGUUUUGUUUCAAGAAAAACAAGAAAUGACUAUAUACUUAUCGAUGGAAUAAAAGUUAGCCAAAUAAACUUAAAUGUUGCCGCUGCUUA